CGGAGAUCCCAGUUUUGGAACCCAAAGCGUCUCCAAUUAUCAACGCGGUGGCGGUGCCGAGGAGCGUAACUUUGCUGCGACGUCGGCGCUGGCGGCGGCAGCAGCUGCAGCCACAGACGCGGCCGAGAAGUCAUAUCAAUAUAGUAGCAACAACAACAACAUUAACAACAACCACAACAAUUAUCAAAAGUCUAACUACACCAGUGCCAAUUACAAUACAAACAACAACAACUAUAACCACCCUCAGACCGCCACCAUCCUGCCUUAUCAGUCCCAUCAUCUAUCGUCGUCUUCGUCGCAGAACAACAACACAACGAUGAUAAUGACCAAACAGAAGAACACACUGGCCGAGCGCCUCAACAUCGGGGAGGAGGUGCGGGAGCUGAAGCUGGGGGCCACCUUCAACCCGAAGAACACGUCGACAGCAUUUCACACAAUCAAAUAUGACUUUAAGCCAGCGAGUGUGGAUACCAGCCGGAUGGCAUCUGUCGACGUUGGCUCCAACAAUCAAGUUACUGUUAUCGUGCCAAAUUCAGAAAGUUCCGGUGUGCCUCAUACAGUUUAUAAGGGUAAUCAGAGGGAGCAUGCUAAGGAGUGCUUGAUGAUCUAUGACAAGGAGACGGGUGCUAUCACAAUCGAGAAGUUGAAUCACAAUAUUCAAGUCAAGAAAACGAGGAGUGAGAUAUCGAGCAAAACAAACCAUCUGCCUCCUCAGAAUGUGGCCAUCAUGCAGGGCCAACAGGUCAGCAACGGCUCUGGACCCUCAACGAACGCAGCUUCCGGGCAUGGGCCUGGCUCGGCACCCAAGCUUGAGAACAGCACCAUGCGAGUCACGUCAAAGACGAAGGUUUCAACGGGCAGUCGCCGCAAUAAUAUAAUUGAUUUCAAGCCUCGAAAUUCGCCGAUGCAGCAAAGUUCUCCUUCGAGACCAGCGGUUAUCCAUCGAAGUCCACAAUCCGCGCCAGCUUGGGAUGCCAACAAUGCUCAACAAACGCUGCCCAGCAUUCCCAUGAUAACCGAUGACGACGAUUUCGGGCUGAGAGCGGCCCUCCAUAAUGGCUCCCAGGCGAAUACUUCAGGCUCCUCAACCGGCUCGGCUGUGGGCCAGUCUGAUUACGGAUCUGCUUCCUCGUCUUCGCACAUGGGUAAGCAGCGGCAGGCACCCCAUCACGGACAUGCCAAGCGCCAACAGCGCUCCAGUCCGCCGAUGGCUCAGCAACAGCCGAACUUUGGCCGCAACUACAACGGUGGCAACAACUACGCACAACAGCAGCCACACGAGCAGCAGCGACCUUCCCCCUACGGACAACAGCAUGGCAACAGCAUGCCCAUGGACCUGGAUUCGUCCAGGGAUCAUGAGUUGACUUCAAAGUCCGUUGCCCAAGCUGCAGCAGCUCUGGAGCAGCAAAUUGGUGGCGCUCUUAGUGCCUCCAGUUCCAGCUCCGAAUCUGACUCUAGCGACAGUGAUAGCGGCAGUGAUUCCGACGAUAGCACUGAGGAUGACCGCCCUAACCAGCAACAGCAGCAGCAUCAACACCAACAAAAAGCUGCCCAAAUGCAUCAACAGCAGCAGCAGCAACACUUUAACCAGUUACCCAAUCUGGGACUGGGCUCCAUAUCGCCAUCCUACGGUAACAAUCAUCACCAGCAGCAGUCGCGCCACCAUCCCCACCAGCAACAGCAACAGCAGCAGCAGCAGAAACAACAGUCUGGCAUUUAUGCGUCCAACGGUGGCUUUCCGAACGAUUUGCUACAAAAUGAUUUACAACUGUCCUCAAAUUCGUCCGAUGAGGACGACGAUUAGCUAUGUUGGUUAUCAUCUAAAUUGCCUUUAUUUGACAGAACCAACGACAAGAAACAAAUCUAUUGAUAUUCUGUUUAUAUGCGUGUAACUAAGUUGUAAUUAUUGAGUGGUGAAUUUACUUGCUAGUGAAAUUUUUAUAAAUAAAUUAUUAGUUGUAAUCAUGAUGUACCGAAAAAUAUAUGAAUUACUUUUAAAGACCCAUAUGAAGGGCCGGUUUAUCGAGUCUCUUCGAGUAAGAUGGGACUCGAAAAACCGGCCCAACAUACAAAAUGGAAAACGAAUCAUACAAACCCUCAACCUAAAGAUUAACUUUUGGCAACCAUUUAUCAAUGUAUUCAUAUUUAUUUCAAAGGUUUUCCUAAAUUGCACGCGAAAACCCAUUUAUCAGAAACAACUCUUACACAUAAUCGUUAAGUUAACAUAAAAAUCACGGAUAAUUGCCAUUAAUUCCGUGCUUUAAUUUAAGCCUUGAGUUACUUUGAUUAUUCGGACUAAAAAAAAGAAGGGAAACUGGAACUUUAGUGUAACGUUCAUAUCGACAUCCCUCUUAUUUGCUUUUCUAUUCAGGUUUAAUUCUAUCAUUUUCAAUUGAUUUGGUAUUGUUAUGGACAUAUAAUGACUAUUAUUUAAUGUUCAGCUUCGAUUUAUUUGUUAGUUUUGUAUAUGUAUAUUACUACGACAUUAUUUAGCUCCAUAUUAUUAUAAUUAUUAGUUAAAAAUUUGUGCGGUAUGAAGACAUUUAUGUUUCUAGCUCAUGUUUUAUUUGAAUUUAAUUGAAAUUCUUUAAUUAUUUUUUAAUAGCUAUUAUGAUUUUGUUAUACGCUUGCAAUAGUUAAAAGCAACGAAAAAAAAAUAAAAAUAAAUGUGAAACAAAGAAACCGACCUGGUGAAAACCAUUUUAUUUUGUAAAAAAAAAAGAUAACCUUCCCCUUCUAUACACAAGGAAUUUGUUAAAAGUGGCUUAAAUCAAGGCCAAAAUACUACGGUGUUGGCCAAUGUUUUCCUCUUUGACUAUCACGGACGUCCACUUAGGAUUCGUUUAAUCAAGACUAUGAUUUGUAUCUUGAGAAUCAUUUGCCGAGACAACAAUAAAUUGUAUUUAUAAAGUACCAUCCACAAGUAAAACGACCAAUAUCUGAGCAACCGUCAGAACGAAAUGGAGAUAAUACCGAUUAAUUUUUGUAUAAUAUACAAACACGAGAGUAUAUCUAGGUAUAUUGAUAUCUAUUUGUGGUGAAAGAAACGGGGUCUUUUGGACUUGAUAACUUGAAAACACAUCCAUAGCAGCACUAAACAUAAAAAAAACAAAUUCUAAUCAAAAACCACAACAUGGUUCAAAUAAUCGUAAGCCCAUACAUAUUCAAAGAACUUGGAAAUAGUUAUAAGGCAACUUUCCGAAAAAUUCCCAAAAAGGCCUAAAGUCACAAUGAUAUAGAGCGAAAUAGCGUAAUUACUAAUUAGUAAGUCAAUAUUUAGGAUUAAGCACACUACUUGACAUUAAAACACAAAUAUUUUUUCAGUUGAAGUACUUGUAAAGGAACAAACCUACAAAAAAUAAAUCACGAAAAUUACAUUCAAA